AUGGAACCUCCAAUAUCUUCUCUCAGUUCAUACAAAUUUCUUGCCAAAACGAUAAAAAUACAAUUCAUCAUUGCCCAAGAAUCACAGGAUAGUUUAGAAGCCAAGAACAGAGUACCAGCUUUGACCAUGAAACGCCGUGAUUUGGUGAUGAAAUACUUCAAAGAAGAGGCACACAGAGAAUUGUACAGGAGAAUGGGCAUGGAAUUACCAUCAAGAGUACAAGCUGGACUAUUUGAAUCCAUAUCUCUCCAUGCUAGUUCAUUCCCUGAUGAAGCUGACCACAUGAUUGUGUGCCCUGUGUUUGUGAGCACAAGCAAACUCUUGUGUCAAAUAAAGACUGGAAUUCAUGUUGAUGAGGAUGAGGCGGUCACGUGGGAUUUAGUUGACCCUUUUAGUCUUGUGUUACGAGCUUGUAAACCACCAAUUCCAUGCUUGAAGAAAGUGAAAAUCACACAGAAUUUGGGUUCUGAGGGAGGGUCAUGUUGUGCUAUUUGCUUAGAAGAUCUUCCUGUUGGGUCUGAAGCUGCAAUCACUGCUUGCUCUCACGUGUAUCUUUGUCAUUGCAUAGUUAAGUGGGUGAUGAAGAGAACUUCGUGCCCUAUGUGUCGCUCUAAGUUGCCUUAA